GUCAUUGUCAUUGAGAGCACUGACAGUCAUCGACAGAGUGGAGGGACAGCAGGAGGUCGGUUAUGAAGCUGUUUCCUGUCCAUCCAAUACUAUGGUCCUGUUUUCUUUUUUUGUGUGCAUCACGAAGUGAGACGAAGGCCAACAGUCCAGAUGUCUGUCAGGAAGAAGAAGAUUCUGGCAGCAUCACUGUACAUAGUUGUUCGGUGGAGGAGCAUUAUGUAGAGGAGGAAGAGGUGGAUGAGAACUUUCACUGCCGCCUUUACCCAACAAAUAUACUCAACUGCUCCUGGUCAUUCCCCACCUUACACAAGGAUGCUCAGUUCUUUGUCAAUAUCAGUAUCUGUGAUGAUAAGAGAACAGUUCAGGCUCCGAACCUUUCGUCUGAGGAGAGAGUCGGAUCAAUGUCUUUGAUUCUGCACGUGCAUGAGAUGUUACAUUUAAUCCUCCGCUUUAACAUAACCCUGCACGACAGGUGGACAGUCUACACCAUCACAUACAACAUCGACAUGCUAGAGGUCCUGUCUCCGCCCCCAAACAUCUCUGCAUCAGUCAAAGAUGGAGACCUGGUGGUGACAUGGGGUCUGCCCCACAGUCGCGCUGACACCAACCCAGAAUGCUUUGAAUACCAGCUGGCCAUGGCUGACCAGGAACGCCCCAAAAGCUUGACCAACCAGUCUUAUACAGAGCCCAAUGUAGAUCCCACCUGCACCCACAGCGUGAAGAUUAGGACAAGAAAGAAGAACGACUGCCAAGAACAUUCUCAAUGGAGUGACUGGAGUCCCAUCGUCACGGUGCAACAGUCAAUUUACAAACUCAACACUCUGGUGAUCAUCUCCAUUUCACUUGGAAUACCCAUGAUCCUCCUGGCUGUGCUGCUGCUGGUGCGCCAACAGAGGUUGUACGAUGUUCUGUUCCCUCCAAUUCCUCACCCCCCGCCAAAGUACAAAUAUUUUUUGGAAAAGAAUGACACUUUUAAUCUCUUCCACCCCGCCCCGUCAGCUGAGGCUGCGGAGGAAAUCACACAGGUGGAGGACAUGGAGCAAAAGCGAACACCAACCUGACUCGGAAAGGAGAACCACUGCUUUAAUACAUCUUAAGACAUGUAAAAGUAUAACAAUAUGACUGUAAAACACGCUAAGUAUAUUAUAUAAAUGAAGAUUUUGCUUUGCCUGGUCAUCGACUUGACCAUUAUUACGUCAUUAAUUUAAACAUGGACGUGUCGGUUGAUGAGUGUUGAUGAAAUACACUUGCUCUGCCUGAACUAGCUGGUUAGCUGAAGCUGAAAUGUAGAUCUAGUGCUUUUACAAAAUGUUUUUGAGUGUGAAACAAAGUUGAGUGAUACUCAUCUAAAGCCUACGCAGGACAAUAACUCAACAUUUAGACACAAAGAAGUACACAGAGAGGUGUUUUGAGGGGUUAGGAAGAAGAGCAUCAAACCAGCAUUAAAUAAAAAUGUGAACACAACUAUAUUGGAGGUAACUAUAAAAGUCCCAUAUCGUGAAAAUGGGUUUAGAUUGUGUUUGAUACAAAGUCGGGGUUGUAAAAUAAAAGCGGUGAAUAAGUGAAGUCGCUCACCACCGCAUUCCUCUCCCUCACAACUAGACCAUCUCCCAGCAUUACGAGCCAGGGAGAAUUUGAUGGGGUUGCUAAAUCUAAACCGGACAACCAAUAGUCAACUAGCAUAAACAAUUGCAUAACCCCGCCUCUUCCCCAGCCAGGUGCAAAAGUUUGACAUUUUGAGAAGAUUUGAUAGCACUCAUAUGUGUCCGUUAAAGCUAAAGCAAGGCCACCGUAGAGCCUCACAAACUGAAGCAGGUUUCAUAAAGCAGACUGGGAGCUGAUCACCUCAGACUAAACCAGGUCUGGUUUAAGAACGGACUUUCAAACAUAGACGGGAGAUAUCGAUUCACAAUGGAAUAGAUUGACAUGUUAAGACAAAGUCCAAUCUUCGUAAAAUACAUAUUACCAAAACUAAGAAUAAAAUAUUGAACAGAAACUUUUCAAGCAAUUGACAAAGUAAAAGAGAACUUUAACAGCAGCGAAGAGCUCAGACUGAGUUACUGCAGCGCUCUGAUAGUUACCACAUCACCAACAUGUUGACUGGAAUAGUUUGCAGAUACUUUAGACUGGAAAUAUACAAGCUCAGAUUUCAAGUAUACAAUAAGUGAACAAAUGGAAUAAAUCUGACAUGUACUACCAAGUAAUUUCUGUUAAUAGUUGAGGAACUGUUAGGGACCGACUUCGGACAGUCUAGCAGAUUGACUGUAACGCUGGUUAAGCCUAAAGUGAGCCGUCCAAGACAUAUAACACAUUCUUUGAUACGAGAUUGAGUUCAGUAAGAGACCUGAAAGUGAGCUUGAUAUCACAGUUUAAACCUUGUGUUUCAAAUAAAAUAUAAAUGCAUUUUGAGAAAAAAACAAAUUCUGUUCUUUGUAUGUUGUAUGAAUUUGUAUUCUAUUGUUUCUGUAUGUUGCACUUUUGUUUGGCUUAUUUGAAGCUAUUGUUCUGCACUUAAAAUGAUUUCACCUAUUUGAAGUUAAUGUACUUACAAGAUUCUUGCUGUUGGAAGGUGUAUCCUCAUGAGUGUUUGCACUUAUUGUAAGUGGCUUUGAACAAAAGCGUCAGAUAAAGUUAAAAAUAAAUAAAGUCAUAUGGGGAGAGGCCCACUUUAGACUUUAUGAUCUGU